UCUUAAAGGAAAAUAAUGUCUCUAAUGGCCUCUGCUUCUCUCAUUCUUGCAAUGGCCAUAAUAUUAUUCUUCAGUCUCCCAUUUCAAAUUUCAGGAAACCAGCAUGUCUCUCCCCCACCACCUCCUUACAAGAAGCCCUAUCACCAUCCCAAUCCACCACCACCACCAUCUCAAAUACUGCACCACCACCCACCCCCUCCUCAUCCACUCCGCCACUCUCCUCCACCGCCAAACAAACCACACAAGUUCACAUCUCCCCCACCACCACUGCACAAGUACCCUCCACCUCACCCACACCACUCACCACCACCACCACCCAAAAAGAAACCCUACAAAUACCCUUCUCCACCACCACCACCACCCAAAAAGAAGCCUUACCCAGUUCACCACUCUCCACCACCACCGCCGCCACCACCACACAAUAAGCCAUACAAAUAUUCAUCUCCGCCACCUCCUAAGCCAUUCAAAUACCCUUCCCCUCCUCCACCUUAUCGCUACUAAAUAGUGUUUCCUAAAUACACCCACACGAUACGGAUCUAAAAGCAGAGGAAACCAUGAACUGGAUGAAGCACUUCCAAAUUAUAAUAGAAUAAAAGAGGAAACUUUUCAUAUGUUUUCAUUGGUGUUUGAUUAUUGUUCAGAAUGAAUUUUCUUUUUCUA